AUGGCCGUCAUUCAUGAACUCACUCACACGAGUUUUAUCGGGUACCCUAGGGCAAAGACACAAGACUAUGCAUAUGGCCUUGUGGACUCGAUGCGGCUCGCGGCAGGCAUGUUUGAUCGGAGUUGUGCGGCUGAUUACCCCCCGACCCCUCAGCCUUUAUGUCCAAAGGAGGGAGAUGCACAGAAAGAGGGCCCUUGCAAAGCGGGCGAGAGCGAAUACAACGCCGAUACAUACAAGUAUCUGAUAACGGGCCUCUAUUUUGAGAAAAAGUGUGGAAAGCCCAUACCGUUUUCUCCGAUCCAGCAAAGAUCGCUCGAUUUCCGUCGGGACACAAGCUGCCCCGCGCCCAGUAACCCCGACAUCAUCGACCCCGGCCCUCUCCCAGGGAAGGUCAACGGUUACGUACGUUUCGGAGACUCAUACGCCUCUGGACUGGGCGCCGGCACGACGUCCCAGGAUGGUUGCCGGGUGGGUUCAAAUAACUAUGGCAAUCUUCUCGUUCAACAUUUCAACCAGAACGGCCUCGACUAUCAACAGCUGUCGUGCUCGGGGGAUACCCUUGAUGGACUUGCCGGGCAGAUUGACAAAUGGAGCAACCAAAACAUAGCCACGUUCGGCACGCUGACUAUCGGUGGCAAUGACCUUGGCUUUAGUGACUUGGUGGCAAACUGUGUCAUUACGCCUUUUACCUGGCGAGGUGGAUCGGCUAAUCGCGCCUCCUGCCUGGACGUCCAGAACAAGGCUCGCGGUUAUCUACAAGACUCCAGCGACAAUGGGCUGCGGGCCAAUCUCAAGAACGCAUAUCUCAAGAUCAUGCAGAAAUCUACACUUCCAGGCUUCCAACUCUACGUCACUGGCUAUCCGACCUUUUUCAACGCGGACACGGACACUUGCGACUAUUCAUCCUUCCACCUUUGGUGGGGCGGCUACAACCCGUCUAGCGACUGGCCGUCCUACCGAACAACCUUCUUGACAAAGGCUCUGCGUGCUGAGCUCAACGACCUCGUGGCACAGCUAAACAGCUGCAUUCUCGGAGCCGUCCAAGACGCCAACGCCGCGUUUGGCGGAAAUCAGGUACAUUUUGUAGAUGUGGUUGGUGCUUUCGAAGGACAUCGCUGGUGCGAGGGCAGCACAAAGGAGCCUGACCAGGCCAACAGCAACACAUUCUUUCUUCUCAGCAACUGGGCCGAUUCGGCGGGGAACUCAAACAAGAAAGCCCGGUCACUGGAUACACGUGGCCAGCGAGACUACUCAUCCCAGCUCCCUGAUGGAGCCACCUGCGCGGACAACCUCGGCCCCAACGCAGACCCUGCAGCUGUUCAAGCUUGUUGGUUGGCGCAGGGCACCACCAAAGACCCGAAUGGUCCAGCGGCUCAUCUUCUUGGGACGUCCAAGGCGUAUGGAAACUACAGCCAUGCUACAUUGACAGUGUCGAGGUUCUCGCCGACGUGGCUGAUCGAAACGUUCCACCCUCGCACUAGUGGCAUGAAAGCGUAUCGAGAUGCGAUAAUUCACGCCAUGCAGCAGACUGGGUUCAGUGUCUGA